CCUCUCGACUCGAGGUUUGUCAAGUUCUCUAGGGUGUUGACUAUGUUCGGGGGAAUGUUUCCGCCCGUGUUUCUGGUGGCUCUUCUUCUUGGGUUUUGUUUCUACCGAUGUGCAGAAAUAGAGGGGGGAAAAACUGGGGGACAUGUGUCCCCCCGGUAUGUUCAACCGUUGACAGGUUCCGCGGAAUCCUUGACAGGUGAGACGUGCAGUCCUUUAAUAAUUCUAUCUCGCAUGACCGUUCGUCUCUCGCAUCGCAUUCCGAUUUCGCAAGGGCGUUGCUUCCAAAGUCGACAAGCAUUGACACCGGGGGAGCGCGGAAGCCUCUUGGAUACAUCACCUGCGCCGAAGCAAAAGCAAUGUGCGCAGGUUCGUGAAACCGUGAUGGACAUUGGCAUGAACACGGGUGGGGAUACGUAUAACCUUCUCCGCGCAGGCUAUCGUGUCAUUGCAGUGGAGGCGAAUCCAGACAUGAUAUGGAAGGUUAGACGUGAUCCCUAUUUUAGCGCCGCAAUCGACACUGGUCGACUCUCCAUUGUCCACACCGGCAUUGUCUGGCCGCCAACACGCGAGGAAUUGUUUUUUUAUGUCAAUCGGCAAAGUGUGUGGAGUUCUUUCGAUCCGCAAAAGGGUUGUCUCCACGAUUCAUAUUGCAAGAGGAUCAGCGUGCCGUUGUCAAAUUGCGCAGCUCUGAUCAGGGAACACAGUCGGGGUUGCCCUGUCAAAUAUAUGAAAAUUGAUAUUGAGCACAAUGAUCUGAGCUGCCUGCAGUCCAUGCACGCUGCCGGCAGUCUGCCUCCGACAUACAUCUCAAUCGAAUCAAGAACGCCUGCUGUCUUCGACACGCUAGAAAAGCUGGGGUACACGGCUUACAAAUUGGUUGACCAACGUCCAUUCAGGAAUAACGGACGCGGACAGCAUAGCGGUCCUUUCGGCGAGAAAAGCAAGGACCAGCGGGUCGAAUACAGCUGGAGGACAUUAGAAGAGGUCCGCAAAGAUGUCUGCAAUGACCGCGGCGAUGGCAUCCCGCAUCCCUGGUGCGAUGUUCACGCCAAGCUGAGUACGUAAACGGCUCUCACCAAUUCAUGGAUGACACGGAAGAUGAAAAAUAUAUAUGAAGGGGAGUGACCCCCCCCCCCCUUAAGCCCAUGACGCCCCCACAAAAUGGGCGGAACUCCAUUAGUGGAAGCUUCCGGAAGCCCGUCCGCCUCCUUCUGGUCCAGCCUGUUGGUUUCUUGCGUGCAUGCUACAGGUGCGCCGCACAUUUUCGCCGGUAAAUUCAUGAAAGUCCAUCGGCGGAAGGUUUUCGGAGUGUGGCCCCGUGGUCUAGAUGCCGACCCCCCCUCCAGAUCUGGCAGCCGCGUGCUUCUUGCGUGCGUGCUACAGGUGUGCCGCGCAUUUUCAUCUUGCACAGUUGUAGAGUCGGUAAGUGUGGAACCCCAUUGGUGGAAGACAUCCACAAGAUUGCCACGCCUCCGCCUGCCCCCUCUAGAAUUUGGCCGAUCUAUUGCGGAACCUCACCGAUGGAAUACAUUGAAACCACCCACGGAUGCCGAAGAACUUCACCGGUGGAAGUUCUUCGAUCCCCUUGGAACUUGGUCGAGUAUUUAACGCGAAAAUAAACGGUGGGAAUACGACGGGGAAGCGAUAGAAAUGAAGAAGAG